UCCUCCACAGAACAAUCACCGCCAAAGUUCCACGCCCUCAGCCUCUCUAGCUCUCCCCUCCUCUCCCUUCCCUGCGAUAAAUCCAAGGAGAAGCAACCUUGUUUCUCUUUCAUUACAAAAGAAAAAAUGGCUGUUGCUUAUGAGGAAGAUGAUAACAAGGGGUUGGUGAGUGACGCCUGGGAUUACAAAGGCCGUCCUGCCAAAGCUUUAGAGUCCGGUGGUUGGACUAGUGCUGCUUCAAUCCUUGUGGUGGAGCUGACGGAAAGGCUGACGACGCUGGGGAUUGCCGUCAACCUGGUGACAUACCUAACCGGAUUUAUGCACUUGGGCAGUGCCCAGUCUGCCAACACAGUGACGAACUUCAUGGGGACCUCCUUCAUGCUGUGUCUUCUUGGUGGCUUCGUUGCUGACACCUUCCUGGGCCGAUACCUCACUAUUUCCAUCUUUGCUACUGUUCAGGCCAUGGGGGUGACCAUACUAACUGUGUCAACCAUAGUGCCGGGCCUGAGGCCACCACCUUGCUCUGCAGAUGGCGUCUGUAUACGGGCCAACGGAACUCAGCUAUCUGUUCUGUAUCUUGCUCUUUACCUGACUGCCUUGGGCACCGGAGGCCUCAAAUCCAGCGUCUCCGGCUUCGGCUCCGACCAGUUUGAUGAGGCGUCCCCUAAGGAGAAGUCCAAGAUGCUCUCCUUCUUCAGCUGGUUCUUCUUUUUCAUCAGCAUCGGCUCUCUGGCCGCAGUCACCAUACUGGUCUACAUUCAAGACAAUCUUGGCCGGAAAUGGGGCUACGGCAUAUGUGCCUGUGCCAUUCUUGCAGCGCUGCUUGUGUUCCUGAGUGGGACUAGACGAUACCGCUUCAAGAAGCUGGUGGGCAGCCCCAUAACCCAGAUAGCUAGGGUCUUCUUUGCAGCAUGGAAGAACAGAAGCCUAGACCUGCCUUCGGAUUCCUCUCUUCUUUAUCAGGGCGACUUGGACUCUGCAGGAAAGAAGAUGGCCAUGCUGAACCACACUAAGCAGUUCAGAUUCCUUGACAAGGCAGCCAUUGUUAGAGGUGAUCAAGACAUAGAAGCGGAGAAGAUCAACAUCUGGCACUUAUCUUCAGUUACCCAAGUUGAGGAAGUGAAGAUGGUGGUCAGCAUGAUGCCAAUAUGGGCUACAACCAUAAUGUUUUGGACCGUCUAUGCCCAAAUGACAACAUUCUCGGUGCAGCAAGCCACAACCAUGAACAGGCACAUAGGGAAAUCCUUUCAGAUCCCUGCUGCAUCACUCACCGUCUUCUUCGUCGGAAGUAUACUCUUGUCGGUGCCGGUUUACGACCGUAUAAUUGUCCCGAUCGCUCGGAAAUUCACCGGCAGACGAGAAGGUAUAACCACACUGCAGAGGAUUUCAGUGGGACUGAUCUUCUCUCUCCUAGCCAUGGUCUUUGCAGCCCUCACAGAGAUAAAGAGGCUCAGGUUGGCGCACUCAAGCAAGAACCCUAAUGGAGUUGUGCCCAUGAGUGUGUUCUGGCUUGUCCCCCAGUUUUUCUUUGUGGGAUCAGGGGAGGCCUUCACGUACAUUGGACAGCUUGACUUCUUCCUGAGGGAGUGCCCCAAGGGGAUGAAGACCAUAAGCACAGGGAUGUUCCUAAGCACCCUGUCUCUUGGGUUCUUUGUGAGCAGUGCUCUUGUCACCAUUGUUGACAAGAUGACCACAAGCAAUGGAUCAGGAGGAUGGAUAACUGACAAUCUGAACAUGGGGAAGCUCUAUAAUUUCUACUGGUUGUUAGCUGUUCUUUGUGUCCUGAAUUUCGCUUUCUACUUGAUCUGUGCAAAAUGGUAUGUCUACAAAGAUCAGAGGAUGGCUAACUCAGGCCUUAAGGUUGACAACGCAACAGAGUUGGAGGAAUGCUUCCAUGCAUAAGGGAGAAGAAGAAGAUACCACACCGCAACUUAUGAAUGUAGUUGUAUCUCCCAAAGAAGGUGAAUUUUGUAAUUUUAAAACCUUAGUUUGCUUCUGGAUCGUGAGAGCAACAAGACACUCUAUGAUCCAAGUAGCCCAACACCAAAAGUGGGUUGGGUAGCGUGUGGAUGUCUAUAUAAAAGAACGUUUGAAGUUUUGGA